UCCCGCUCCUCCCUCAGUGGGUUGCACUGCUCACGCCUUCCUGUUAGUCCGAGCUGGGAGAAGUUCACUUCGAUCAGCUGAUCCUAACUGACAACGGGAGAGGAGGAAGCCCGGGAGGCAGCGAAGGAGGAGGGGGGCGGAGAUGGAGAUGAGGAUGGAUCCACCGGUGCCCUGAGGAACAGCCCCCGCCUCCACCGGCACCCCGCGGUCCUCCGACGCAGUCUUGCCGCAGCAGAGCUGCUCCGUGGUGUCCCCUGAAAUAUUGACUUGAGGUUGGAUUAUAUUGAAAAGCUCCUGACUACAUUUUCAUUACCAAAAUCUUGUGGCUGAGGUUCCACUCAUGAGCCCACCUCAGUGAACCCACCAGAUCUCUCUCAGAUAGCCAUAAAAGACCCUUCCAAGUUAAUUUAGACUACAUAUUUGCCUGCACUUUAUGGAAGAUGAAACUAUCAAACCAAAUCAACGUUGCUGCUGAUACAGGAAGCUUGGAGGCAGAAUAUUAAACAUUUGAACAUUUGCAUGUGAAGAAUUCUAGUAGGACAUUAACUGUUUUUUUAAAAAAGGAAUUUUUUUUUUUAAGGUGUUCAGAACCCUGUGAAAGGUCUGUGCGGUCUUCAGACUCAAAGCCUUUGUCUUCACUUCUGGGGAAAGCCCAGGUACCAUUAUAUGGUGGGUGAUUUCCUUACUAAACUGAGUAUGAGUGCCCAGACUUCCCCAGCAGAGAAGGGCCUGAAUCCGGGGCUAUUGUGCCAGGAAAGUUACACGUGCAGUGGGACCGAUGAAGCUGUCUUCGAGUGUGAUGAGUGCUGUAGUCUGCAGUGUCUCCGCUGCGAGGAGGAGCUCCAUCGGCAGGAGCGCCUGAGAAACCAUGAGCGAAUCAGACUCAAAGCCGGCCAUGUCCCUUACUGUGACCCCUGCAAGGGCCCCAAUGGGCAUUCCCCAGGUAUGAAGCAGAGGGCAGUGGUGAGGUGCCAGACCUGUAAAAUCAACUUGUGCCUGGAGUGCCAGAAGAGGACUCAUUCUGGGGGUAGCAAAAGGAGGCAUCCCGUUACUGUGUACCAUGUUGCUAAGGUCCAGGAGUUGCUGGAGGACGAAGGGAUGGAUGAGGAGACCAAGAGGAAGAAGAUGACUGAGAAGGUUGUGAGUUUCCUCCUAGUAGAUGAAAAUGAAGAGAUCCAGGUAACAAAUGAAGAGGAUUUUAUUAGGAAAUUGGACUGCAAACCUGAUCAGCAUCUGAAGGUGGUUUCUAUUUUUGGAAAUACUGGGGAUGGGAAGUCUCAUACCCUCAACCACACUUUCUUUUAUGGCCGGGAAGUCUUCAAAACCUCCCCCGCCCAGGAGUCCUGCACUGUGGGAGUGUGGGCAGCAUAUGACCCGGUCCACAAAGUAGCAGUGAUAGACACGGAAGGGCUCUUGGGAGCUACAGUGAAUCUAAGCCAGAGAACACGGCUGCUGCUUAAGGUCCUGGCCAUCUCAGACCUCGUCAUCUAUCGAACUCACGCAGACCGACUGCACAACGACCUCUUCAAGUUCCUUGGGGAUGCCUCAGAGGCUUAUCUGAAGCACUUCACCAAGGAGCUCAAGGCUACCACUGCCCGCUGUGGCCUGGAUGUCCCCUUGUCCACCCUGGGCCCUGCGGUUAUCAUUUUCCAUGAGACUGUGCACACUCAGCUGCUGGGCUCUGAUCACCCCUCCGAGGUGCCCGAGAAGCUCAUCCAGGACCGGUUCCGGAAGCUGGGCCGCUUCCCUGAAGCCUUCAGUUCUAUUCACUACAAGGGAACGAGGACAUACAACCCUCCCACGGACUUUUCUGGUCUUCGGCGUGCCUUGGAGCAGCAACUGGAGAACAACACCACCCGUUCUCCCCGGCACCCGGGGGUCAUCUUCAAAGCCCUGAAGGCGCUGAGCGACCGCUUCAGCGGGGAGAUCCCUGAUGACCAGAUGGCGCACAGCUCCUUUUUCCCCGAUGAGUACUUCACCUGCUCCUCCCUGUGCCUCAGCUGCGGGGCUGGAUGUAAGAACAGCAUGAAUCACGGGAAAGAAGGAGUACCUCAUGAAGCCAAGAGCCGCUGCAGAUACUCCCACCAGUAUGACAACCGCGUUUUCACCUGCAAGGCCUGCUACGAGAGAGGCAAUGAAGUCAGCGUGGUGCCCAAGACGGCUGCUUCCACCGACUCUCCCUGGAUGGGUCUUGCAAAAUAUGCCUGGUCCGGGUAUGUGAUCGAAUGUCCCAACUGUGGUGUGGUGUAUCGUAGCCGGCAGUACUGGUUUGGGAACCAAGAUCCUGUGGAUACGGUGGUGCGGACAGAGAUUGUGCAUGUGUGGCCUGGAACAGAUGGAUUUCUGAAGGACAACAACAACGCUGCCCAGCGCCUCUUGGAUGGAAUGAACUUCAUGGCCCAAUCGGUGUCUGAGCUUAGCCUUGGGCCCACCAAGGCUGUGACGUCCUGGCUGACAGACCAGAUCGCCCCUGCCUACUGGAGGCCCAACUCCCAGAUCCUGAGCUGCAACAAGUGCGCUACAUCCUUUAAAGAUAACGACACCAAGCAUCACUGCCGGGCCUGUGGGGAGGGCUUCUGUGACAGCUGUUCGUCCAAGACCCGGCCAGUGCCUGAGCGGGGCUGGGGCCCUGCACCCGUGCGGGUGUGUGACAACUGCUACGAGGCCAGGAAUGUCCAGUUAGCUGUUACCGAGGCACAGGCGGACGAUGAAGGCGGGACGCUGAUUGCUCGGAAGGUGGGCGAGGCCGUGCAGAACACUUUGGGAGCCGUGGUGACAGCCAUUGACAUACCACUAGGUCUGGUGAAGGAUGCGGCCAGGCCGGCGUACUGGGUCCCUGACCAUGAGAUCCUGCACUGCCACAACUGCCGGAAGGAGUUCAGUGUCAAGCUUUCCAAGCACCACUGCCGGGCCUGCGGACAGGGCUUCUGUGACGAGUGUUCCCAUGACCGCCGGGCUGUCCCCUCUCGAGGCUGGGACCAUCCUGUCCGAGUCUGCUUUAACUGCAAUAAAAAGCCCGGUGACCUUUAACCCCAGCUCCCUCUCCGAGUCCUUCACAAUUCCUUAGAUUCUCAGGGUUAGAAAUGAAGUCUCGUUGAGGUAGGCCCUCCUCCCGGUCACCUGUUGGGGUGUGUUCCUCUCUGCUCAUCCUGGGGCCACUUUCUUGCGGCGGAGGGUGGGCUAGGUGGCGAGCCGGGGUGUGAGCCUGGCGGCAGGACCGAAGGCGUGAACCCCUCAGGGCAGGGGACCGAGCAGUUUAUAGCAAAGGGGAACGAACCCGAAUCCCUUGCAUUUUAUUUCAGAUAAAAAUAAUAAAUAAAUAUAUAUAUCUACCCAUAUAUACCUACAAAAGGAACGUGGAGUAUAUUCAGGCUGCUGCCGGCUGCAAAGACCUGCACAGUCUGUCCCCAGCACAGGGAUCAGGUGGCAGUGGCAGCAGGUCUUCCCCACAAAACCAAGCCAGGUCCAAGGCCACUGCGUUGCUUGUCACUCUUUGCUGCUUCUCUCCGAGCCUUUGAAGCCUUCCUGGCCCUCAGCUGCUGGGGGAGGUGAGCUCCCCAGGAACCUCGUGCGUGGAAGAGCCUGGGGAGGAUCGCCCUGAGUCGGAUCCCAACUCUUGGCCUAAGUCUGUUUCAGUCAGAGACCACCCAGCUUAGUGUGCAGGUCACGGAUGGGUGGGGGGUGAGGGGUAGGGUCCUCAGCCCUGAGAAGUCCCAAGUGCAGGUGACGGGACGGCCCUCGUCCCCGGGGAGAACACGGCCGGAGCGGGCCUUCCCCAGCGCUGUUUCCUGCCUGUCGACGCUUCCGUCCGUGUGCCCGCCUGGCUCUCCUGCCCCGAAACAGAGCGCCUGCUUCCUGCCCCCUCCCCGCCUCGGGCCCCCCGUUUGCUGAGUGUUGCACUGGGAUUUUUGCUUAUUUUGAAGUGUCUUAAUUCUUUGUUUCCCAGAUACAAGACUCCUCUAGCUAUUGGAGGGGUGAUCAUGAGAAAUCUUCCAGGAAAACAGAGCACAGAAUGGACUGUUAGUUUUUUUUUUUUUUUUUAAAGUACAUAUAUAUAUAUAAAUAUUUCAACAGACCAUUAAGGAAAAAUUCUAUCUCUCCAGUCCUGGCAAGAGAAGUCAAAUGAACUUGAGUUUCUCCUCGAGAGCUGGGAUCCCCAUGUCUGUCAUGACUGGAAAGAGACUGUUGUGCGUCGCCUGUCAUCACGGUGGAUUUGAUCUUCAGUGGCCAAAAGCGGAGAAUGAAAAGUGACAUAGUUCUUGACUGAACUGUGGGUGGGCCGAGCCUCAGGGAGGUACGUGGCGGUCCUUCUUGGCCUGAGAGUCCCUGUGACGUGAGCCCUGGAACGUGUUGGUCCUUGUCAGGCCUGCCCCCUUCCUGCCUCCUGUGGCCCCGUGACUGCGGCCCUGCUCCAGUACUGUGUAUUAUGAAAUGCGCCCUCAUAAAGGAAUCUUCCUGCGGAA